AACACACUCGCUCCGUCAGCACAGAGCAGAGACUUUGACCCAGCCUCCACGCUACAAAGCUCCACAGCAUUGGAGACCGUUACUCACAUGUAAGAAGAGCGACUGGGAGGCAGGGCACUUUAGAGAAUCAGAGACAGCACGAGAGAGAGCAGUAGUGGAAAGACAGAGAGACAGGCAGAGACAGAGGCAUGUCCAGAAUCUGACGCGCUAACAGGACUCGGAGUACUGAGAAGCUUAAGAAAAAGGCAACACCAGUCAGCCACUAUGCAGGGAGUCCGUGUCAGCCUUUUCCCACUGACACCCUUAAUAACAGCCCUCCUGAUCCUCCUGCUGUGUUCAGCUGGUUCUGGUCUGGAGCUCAGCCCCAGCACGAAAGAGAUCAUCCUGACCACUAAUGCCUCAAUCUCCAUCAUCUGUUCCGGCUGGGCGCCUGUCUCCUGGCGCUACAAAAGAGAUGAGAAACAACCUGUGUUCAGAACAGAGAACCGAUCCCUCACCUCUAGCGUUCUCCACCUUGAGAAUGUGACAUGGAGACACACAGGAGUGUACGUGUGCACUGAGGAUGGUUCUGAGGAGAGCAGGGAGGUGGCUAUCUAUGUGCCAGACCCGGAGGAGUGGUUUUUGGAGAAUGACUAUCUUGCAAUCACUAAGACAAGCGAUGAAGGGACAGUCCCUUGUCUGGUGACAGACCCAAAAAUAAACGUUACGCUCCAUGAAAAAGACACUGAAAGCCUAGUGACCGGCAAGUACAUACCCACCAGAGGCUUUACAGGAAUACUGGAAGACAAGAUUUACAAAUGCAGAGGAGAAUACAACGGAGAGGAAAAGUGGUCCCAUUUAUUCUACGUCUUCAGCAUCUUAGUUCCUGAGGCGCUGGACGCCCACAUCAAUGCCUCGAAGACGGUGCUGAAACAAGGCGAGCCGCUCAGCGUCAACUGCACGGCCCACGGAGUUGAGCUUGUCUUCUUCUCCUGGGAGUUACCGAACAAAGACGUUGGAGAUGUGGAAGUCUUGACAGAUAUAAUCCCAGCGACCAUGAGCAUGCGCUCCUUCCUGAACAUAUCCCAAACCACUCUGGAACACUCUGGACAGUACGUCUGCCACGCACAAGAGAGCGUGGGCAAUCAACGUACUUCUCUUAGUAUCAACAUCACUGUGCUGGAGAGAGGUUUUGUCGAGCUGAGCUCAUUUCUAAACCCUAAUGUCUCAGCAUUGCUGCAUGAGAACGUGGAGCUGAGGGUGGAGGUGGAGGCAUACCCCAAGCCUCACAUCCGCUGGAGCAAAGAUGGAGCCAUGAUCAAUGGAGACAACGUCAUCAACACGAGACAGGAACAAGAGACUAGGUACGUCAGCACAUUAACUCUAGUGAGAAUCCGCCUAGAGCAGAAAGGCUAUUACACUGUUCAUGUCGCCAAUGAGGAUGAUUCCAAAGAGAUGACCUUUGACCUAGUGGUUAAAGUUCCCCCUCAGAUAACCGAACUUUCAGAUCAUCACCUGCCGGAGAAGAAGCACGCUGUCACCUGUGUGGCAGAGGGAGUCCCAUCCCCCAAUAUCCAGUGGUUCAGCUGUGACAGCAUUCACAAAUGCGGCAACAAAAGCACUGUGUGGAGCCCCCUAGUGGCAGAUACAGAGAGCAUCAACAUUGUAAACAACAACACCUAUAACGAGAGCCGCAAGAUCCACCAGGUGUACAGCCAGGUGACAUUUCUCCGUCCUCAGCAGAUCACUGUCCGCUGCCAGGCCAGGAACGAGAGAGGAGCUCGGGCACGGGACAUCAGACUUGUCACUAGCACUCUGUUCUCACAGGUGGCUGUUCUGGCUGCGGUUCUUGCACUAGUUGUCAUAGCCAUCAUUUUUAUCAUCAUCCUAAUCGCAGUGUGGAGGAAGAAGCCGCGUUAUGAGAUCAGAUGGAAGGUGAUUGAGUCUGUGAGUCAGGAUGGACAUGAGUACAUCUACGUGGACCCUGUCCACCUCCCCUAUGACCUGGCCUGGGAGAUGCCUCGAGACAGCCUUGUCCUCGGUCGCGUUCUGGGAUCAGGGGCGUUUGGCAGAGUGGUAGAGGCAACUGCAUAUGGACUCACCAAUUCCCAGUCUUCUACUAAAGUGGCUGUGAAAAUGCUCAAAUCAACGGCGCGUAGGAGCGAGACCCAGGCUCUGAUGUCCGAGCUGAAGAUCAUGAGUCACCUGGGUCCACACCUUAACAUCGUCAACCUGCUGGGAGCCUGCACCAAACAAGGUCCUCUGUACCUGGUGACGGAGUUCUGUCGAUACGGAGACCUGGUGGACUACCUUCACAGGAACAAGCAGAGCUUCCUGCAGAACUACGCUAACAAGAUCCACCUGGCUAACGGCAGCGACAGCCACAUCUGCAUCGACUCAGUUGUGCCUUCUGGGAAAGGCUACGUGUCAUUUGGCUCUGAGAGUGACGGUGGUUAUAUGGACAUGAGGAAAGAGGAUAUGACUGAAUAUGUGGCCAUGCAAGAGCUGACAGACACCAUCAAAUAUGCUGAUAUCCAGCCAUCUCCAUAUGAGUCACCAUAUCAGCAGGACAUCUACCAGGAACAAGGUCACAGAGUGGACCUCUCACUGGUCAUCAGUGAUUCUCCCAUUCUGAGCUACUCUGAUCUGGUGGGCUUCAGCUUCCAGGUGGCCAAAGGCAUGGAGUUUCUGGCCUCCAAAAAUUGUGUUCACCGGGACCUGGCGGCUAGGAAUGUCUUAAUAUGUGAGGGAAAACUGGUGAAAAUCUGUGACUUUGGGCUGGCCAGAGACAUCAUGCAUGACAACAAUUACAUCUCCAAAGGCAGCACGUUCCUGCCGCUGAAGUGGAUGGCCCCAGAGAGCAUCUUCCAUAACCUCUACACCACACUCAGUGAUGUCUGGUCUUAUGGUAUUUUGCUGUGGGAGAUAUUCACUCUGGGAGGAACCCCAUACCCAGAUCUCCCUAUGAAUGAGCUCUUCUAUAACGCUCUUAAGAGAGGCUAUCGGAUGGCUAAACCCAUGCACGCUUCAGAGGAAAUUUAUGAGGUGAUGAGGAAGUGCUGGGAAGAGAAGUUUGAGAAGAGGCCGGAGUUCUCCUAUCUGGUGCAGGAGAUGGGGAACAUGCUUACCGAAGGCUAUAAAAAGCGAUACUCCCAGGUCAGUGAGAGCUUUCAGAAGAGUGAUCAUCCAGCCGUGGUACGCAGCAAGCCCAGGGUGCCCUCUCCAUUCUUGUGCACACUCCCUCCCUCUUCCCCUUCCACCAUUUUCCCACCAUCCUCCACACCUAACCAUUGCCUAGAGGCUGAUCAAGAGAUGGCACCAGCACCUUAUAAUGGUUACAUCAUCCCUAUCCCUGACCCCAAGCCUGAAGAAGAGUGCCAGGAAGUCAGUAUGCCAACAGAAAGCCCCUCCAGCAGUUCUGUAGGGUCUGAGGCAGAGACAGCAUCACUGGAGGCUCCCAGUGCAGAACAAGAGUGCAAUGAUCAACUGAAGGAACACUCCAAUACUCCUGACGCAGAGGAGAGCUUCCUGUAACACCAUGUAGCUUCCUCUUACACUGGAGAAAAUCUGCGACUGACAUUCAGACAAAAAGCAGACACAGCAUCUGGUUAAUACACAGCCUAUGGGGUGACACAGUGGUUAUUUCUGACCACUAAUUAAUAUAUUGAGGCCAUAAGUUAAUAUUUCAAGAUGACAAACUAUUGUUACAAUCCAUUGUACUCGGAAAUCAGAGUUCCAAUCUAAAAGCAUUCCAGUGCUUCGGCUCAGAAAGACAUGGAUGCCAACAGCAAGUUAAUAUUUGUAUGUCCAGUCUCUGAAUUUGUUAAACAUAUUAAUAUGAUGUACAUGAAUUAUUUCUGUGUGAUUAACAAAAAGAAAUUAUGUAUAAUAUGUAGGUCAACUGUGUUGAUCAUCUUUGCUCACAAAAAUUAUCUGUCACUGGCCUUAUUGUGUUAGUAAAAUUGGGCUGAAAUCAGCCGAAUUACAUUACAAGCUUAUAAAGCUAGACUAAACUUAAAGCUGUUAAAACCUUUUUACAAAAGAAAAGCUAUCAAGAACAAUCUGUUUUAUCAAAUAGAAAAUAAGGCAAAGGGAAUUGUGUUUACUGUCAACUGCUGUUGUGACGUCAGGUGCUUUUACGUCACAGAACUCAGGCAAGGUAGAUAUUGCCCGAGUUCUCGACUCGGAAUUCCGAGUUGAAUGACAGUUCCAUUGCACUUUUCCAUGUCAGAGGUUGGAUUUUUCCAAGUACAAUGGAUUACAUCAUAAGUAUUUUGUGGCCACAAAGUAGCCAUGACUUAAUACAUUUCAGGAACGUCAUACUUCAUAGGUGGCCUCCAGUUAAUUAUUUGGUGGUAACAGAUGAAAAAGUCUAUUCGCUUUAAUAUGAUGUCGACUAAUGCUAUAUCCAUGUUACAGCACCAGUGACUCCAUCAUGUGUCAUUCCGAGAUUGACGAAAAGUGGAAUAUUAUCAGUCAGCUCCAUGCAUAGGUUCAUUUGGCCACAAUGGUCUAAUUCAAGUGAUUUCACUGUCUCUCUCUUUUUAAAAUACAAUAGUUGCCACAAAUUAUAUAAUAGAUCUUGAGAAACUUAACUGAUGGCCUCAAUAUAUUAAUUUUUGGCCAAACCUCCUUCUUUUUUUUUUUUAUUCUUAUAAACAAUUAUUAUUCAGUAUGGGUGAGAAGAGUUAGGAUUACUACAGGCAACUUAUAUCAGAUUUCUUUCAAUAUCUUACAGGGGAGGAAUUGAAAGUUUUAUUUGAGGGAAAGUUUUAUUUGAAUUUUGAGGAGUAGAUAUCAAAGCAGAAACAUCAGUGUUUCUAAUGCUGCAUUCGACGCAUAACUCAGAAUUUUCCAUCUAAGGGCGUGCGGUAGGGGGAUCCCAGAGUAAGACGGGAAAAAAAACAACCCAACUGUCAUGCAGUUAGACUGUGAACAUUAGCAAGAGGAAAAUGAUGUUUUGAUCACAGUUAAAGGUAAGAAUAUUUAGUGUACUAUAGACCUUUUCUCCUGUUAGUUUCUGCGUUGUAAUUACGACAUUGUAGUGGUGUUCAUAUGGGCUCACCAUAUAAUUAGGCUAUUUCCAAUACUGCCUGAUCUGUACCAUGCAUACAUUAACAGUUUACAGCUUGAUCAUUGACUGUAUGGGUGGAAAAAGUAACAAUUUAAAAGUGAAUACUAAAUAUCUCCAAGACCUUUAGUGGCUGGCAGCAGUACAGUAUUUAACCCCAGCCAUUCCCAUGUUAGCGAAAGGAAAACCAGCCAAAUUUCAAAUGUCCAAAUCUCCACAAAUUACUGUAGUAUUUUGCUCAUUUUGAUGUCUAAGCUGGCUUGUUGUAGUGAUAUUAUAACAAUUACAAACCAACAUGUCUGAAUGAAGUGAUGGCAAAAACCAAGGCAGCUAACACUAGCUAAAUUCCUGUUGACUCUAUGACCUUAGCGAACACUCAAAGUAGCUUGGUAAGGUUAGCCAGUCACUACUUAAAUGAACUCCACUGACAGAAUGAGUGGGGCAUAAGAGUGCAUGUACCCCUCCAUUCAGAUAGGUAACAGAGCUGGAUGAAAAUCAUGAGGAACACCAUUUUUUCCUCAAAAAUUACGACAUUGUUACGGUUGUGUUAGGAGCCUAAAUGUUGACUGCUGUUUACCAAUAUAUUUACAGUUGGUACAUUACAUUAUCUACUUAUAUUUCCAUUAUUUUGAUUAAAUGGUAGUUCAGUCAGUCAUGACUCAAAACUCUAAAAUCUCUUCCUGACAAUGGUAAAAUCAAUAUACGUGCACAAAUUAUAUGACUACAAUUUAGCAUUUUACAUAUUAAUUAAUAAUACUGUACUUACCACACUGAGCUAGCACUCAAUGCGCAAUCUUAAGUUUAGGUAAUAUCCCUUGACAUGCAUGCUCCUGGAAUGUAGACCAAUAUGGGCGGACAAGAGGCGGACCUACUGUCCAACUGGCAGUGUGUACUGCACACGCUCUGGGUCCAAGAUCUCUACUGCACAGACUCUGGCUCCAAUUUUGACCUACUGCACAAACUCAGUCUACCAAUUUCAACCAAAUUGUUGCUUCAAAACUGCAUAAUGGGAGUCAUAUAUACAGUCUUUGGUCUUACCAGGCAUGUUCAAAAACUAGUGAAUUCCUAGUGGCAGUUGAGGGGGAGUUUUCUUCCCCAAGGAUAUGGUCCAAAAUUCCGAGUUAGUCGAACGCAGCACAAAAAUAUAUUUUCAAAAAUAUCUGUAUACAUGUGGAUGGGGCCUUAAUCUGAAGGUGACAUUCACAAGGAGUUUUCGGGAUCUGUCGAAAAUAUAUUGAUUCAUGUUGCUGGUUGGUCAUCGCUUUUAGGUGAAUAUAACACAUAUUUUGUGCUACAAUACGUAUAGACCUGUGCACACAUUGACAGUGGUCCAAGUUGAGGCUUGCCAUGAGCUGCCCUUAUAUGUCUUUAGCGCUGAAUUGUAAAACUCUUGAAGGUGAGCUAAAAAGUAUGAUUAUUUUUCUCAACAUAAGCUGAUCCCUGUCCCAGACUGUCUCCUAUUGCUGAUACAUGGCCAUGUCACAGGAUGUUGUGACAAAAGCAGUUCUGGUGAAUGCAAUUUCUAUGCUUUGGUGAGUGCUGCCUUGUGCACCUUGUCUUCAUUAAAAUAAAUGGCAAAAUGUGCAUUUUUGUUGGAUAGCAAAAUGCCCUUCUGAACAAAUCUAACCAUGACUUUUUAUGCCAAUGGAGUCAAGGGAAUUUUACAAGCAUGAGACCAUAUUGAAAUCUUGCAAGUGAUACACUCAUGAGUAGUUAUGAGUCAGACAGGAACAGAAAAUCAGGUUGAGUUAUUUCCAAGAAUAUGAAAGAAUGGUAGACUCCAAUGUGUUUAAAAGCCUAUAGUGAAUCUGUACACAAUACAUCAUCAGUAUCGAAAUGACAUGGAAAUUGCUUUUUUGAAUUUUUUUUUUUUUAGAACUGAAGACUGUUAUUUUGUAAAUUGUUCAUUCUAUUUCAUCUAUAAAACAGGAACUGACAUUUUUUUGGAAAGUCUAUGAAAGUAUUUUCUAUUUCACAAUGGUCGAACAGAGCCUUAUGCAAAAGAACUACAUAUGCUUGUUUUGUUUUUUUUUUAUAUGAUUUUCUAUAUUUUACAUUUUUGGGGAAGGAAUUCUUACAGCCUUGUAGCAAAUUUGCACUUUAAAAUUUAAUGGGAAAUUAUGACCUAGAUGAUAUAUUUUUUGGUAUUGUUUCUUUCUUUUUUUUUUUACUUUAAUGAGUGAAAUGAAGGUACAUUAAAUAGAGGUAUUAUAUACUGUUGAUGCAGUAUUAUAAAAAGAAUGAUUUCCUUCCUUCAGCAUUGUAACCUUCUGACUGAAACACUAGUGAAACAGCACAGGUUAAGGUACUAGAUACAGGGCAACUCUAUGUGUGAAACUUUAUCUUUUGUGUUACGUAUUUUUGCUAAACGAGACUCUGUAUCAUUACUGUCUUCGUGUUAUCAUAGAAUUACAGUGUUGAGCCUGCAGUAAAAGUCUCUUUUUACACCAAUAAAGGGCCAAUCUCAUUUUUACAAAAUCUGAAAGUUGAUCAUUUUACUAGAAACAGUAAAAACUAACCUCAGAACAGUAGCAAUGGCCCACACCAUAUACCCACUAAAACAGCCAUCUAUUUUGUAAAACACACAGAAAGUAUAGUGCUUUGCUUUCUUUUGACUUUUUUUAGAUUUUAUUGUAGCCUUUUUUUUGUAUAUGAGCCAAACCUUAUUUAGUGCCACAUCAUAAAUCACACUUUAUGAGGAAAUAUUAUACACGCUAUGGUACCAAAGCUUCUACAUUAUGUAUGUUUACAAGUGUAUUUUUGUAUAAAUAUUUUGUAUAUUGUACGUUAUUGUACUGAAUGUACUAUAUGUAAAGGAAACCUAUAAUAAAGAUAAAGGAGAAAAAAAUCCUGUUUAUGCCUC